AAAUGAUUUACGAUUCCAGCUUUUGAGGAUUUGACUCUUUAGCGAUGCUUAACAUGGGUUAUAUUGGAGCUUGCUAGAAAUUAUACAAAAAUAAAAUGGCAACAGAUGCAGUUCAGAUUGGAAGAAUGGAUCCCAACGACAAACUCGGCAAUGAUUUGCACACAGCUGCAAAACAUGGCAAUAGAAAGAGAUUGAAGAAAAUUUUAGCCACAGGCAUUUCAGUUGAUUAUCCAAACAGUCUUGGACAAACAGCCCUCUUUUGUGCUUGCUAUGAAAAUCAGGAAGGAACAGUUGAUGUCUUGCUUAGCAAUGGAGCAAAUCCAAAUGAGAAAAGUAAUAGUGGGGCAACCCCUGUGCAUGUCGCAGCUCUUUGUGGAAAUUUGGAAAUCCUCUCAAAACUACUGUCUCAUAAUGGAGAUCUCCGACUACAUGAUAAAGAUGGUCGCACAACAAAAGACUGGGCAUUAAUGCAGCCUAACCACAAAAAGAGACUGAGAAUGAUUGAGUUUUUAGAAAAAACAAGGUUGUUUGCAUUGACAAAAUCUGGCCAUGAUUUUCGGGAUACAACACACAACGAACAUGGAAAUAGCAGAGUCAUUGCCCGCAUUAGAAAUAACCCAGUGGUAAGAAUGUUUAAUGAAAGAAUCAGAGGCCAGUCUAGUGUGAAUCUUGAUGAUCUGAAAAGUUCUGCUAGUCUCGGAUAUGGAAAGGUUUACCUUGAUCAUGAUACUUGUGGUGGUUUCGUGAGUACCAUUCCUCUAGUAAGUGACAAUGUGUUGAUACAUGAUGCAGAUGGAACAACCUAUGACAAUGGACCAAAUAUAGUGAUGCAGAGCAUGCUUUGGAAACACACAAAAGUUACUGCAAAGAGAUUACAUAGAGAUGUGGAAGCUGGAACAGAGGUUGACUUGUUGAUCAAAGAAGCUGACUAUAUGGGAAAAUUAAGACAUCCCAAUCUGCUGCUGUUGAUGGGUAUCUGUCAGACCAACAACCUGGAUGGUAUUGUUUUGGUGUUUGAAAGUGUAGCUUAUGGUUCCCUGUAUUACCACUUACACCAAAAGGUAGAAAAAAUGCACUCUAACCAGAUACUUGAUGUGUGUAGACAGAUUUGCAAUGCUUUGUUGUUUUUACAUGAACAAAACUUGAUCCACUGUUUUGUUACAUCACAUGCCAUCAAUAUCAUAAAUCCACACCAAGCUAAGCUUGGCAACUUUGAAUACAUGAUGGAACGUGAUCGUUGUGAAAUGGGAAAAACAAGUGCGGUUUCAUCUAAUCAUUCUGAUGAUGUGGCAUACAACUGGAUGGCACCAGAAAUAAUAAAUGAAAGUUCACCAAGUUUUGCAUCUGACAUGUACAGCUACUGCUGUGUACUCUGGGAAAUGAUCAAGUGUGAAAUUCCAUGGCAGAAAUGUAGUGCUGAAAAAAUCAGAAAAAAAGUUUUACGUGAAGAAGAAUCCUUACCAGUAGACAUGAGCCGUAUUCCAGAGAAGUACCAUGGUAUAUUGCACCAUGGCCUGCAAAGAGAUCCCAUGCACAGAGUGCUGGACUUUUGUAAUGUGCAACAGAUCCUUCAGAUGUCUGAUCAGGAAAUAGAAAAAUAUUUGAAGAUGGUUUAUCAAAAAGAAAAGGUAAACGAAAUCCAGAAAAAAUCAAAUAGAAAAAGGCAUAAACAAGUGAGACAUCCCCAGGAAACAGCUUCAUCAGAUUCAGUCAAUGAAACAGUAUUACGCAAGGAGAUGGCACAGUAUGAUGAGUUUAACAAUAAAUCUAAAGGGAAAAGAAAAGCAAAGUGGUCUAAAGCAGCCAAUGGAAUGCAAGAUAACUGCAACCAGAAUGGGUACAAGCAUGGAUAUGACCAUAACAUGAGAUUUGUUGAUGAAAUGAACUUUACUCAUAAAAAUGUGAGUUGGAAACUGCAGGAGGAGCAAGAGGGAGAUAAGUAUUACUACACUGUAGGAGUCAAAGGUUCUCCACCACCCAGAAGUCCUCAAACAUCUCUCAAAGAUUAUCGAAAGCAGAUCUCAGAUAGUGAAAGUGAACUUCAAAGUGACAGUCAAUUAAAGCAAGAUGUGGAGCAACAUGAAGUGCAGUCAUUGGCUAGGAAGUACAGUUAUCUUAAGGCUCAGGAAAAGUGCAGCCCCCCUAAGGGACAGUGUAUGGUUAAACCUGCUAGCCACUGUACUGCUGGGAAUAUUGAUAAACCCAUAGAAAAACAGCUGACUACUGCAGGCAGUAUCUAUGCACUCUACAACUCUCACUAUGGGGAGGAAGAAUAUAAGAGUCCAAAAGCAAUCAACAUAGAUGACAACAGAAGAAACCCAUACUCAACAAUGCCAAGGAAAAGGAAAAGAAUGGGGGCUACGCCUGACAUGAGACCAAGAGAGGAAUAUUGUCCAGGAAGAGGGAGUGUGAGAAAUUUAGUGGAACUAUUUCAAACACAACAGAAUGAACACAGCUUCCAGCAAGCAGUUCUGUGUGGACGUGCCAAAGAGUUCAAAGAGUCUUCUCAGCUGAAGUCACCAGUACAUCCUAGAAAGAUUGAUUUUUAUAAUGCCGAAGAAAAAGAGAAGAAUACAAAAUCACCAAGUCCAUCCAAGAAAGCUGGCAGUAUUCCAUCAGCUCCACCCUUAUACCCCAAUAUUGAAGACACUGUGACAGCUUGCAGUAGCUUAACAACAGUAUCUUCUUCAGGGAGUCAGGAAAAUAAUGUGAAGGAAAGUAGUAGUUUGGAGUCUGCUUUAUUGGACAGAUGGGUGUCACGGAGUUUACAGAAAUGUCAGAACUCGCUUACAGAUGAAAUCUUCAAUGAACUGGCCAAUAAAGCAGAAGAUGAAUUGAAGGAAGAGUCUGGAAAAACUAAAAAGCAUCACAAGAAAAAGAAAAAUAAGUCUGCAAAAAAAAAUAAGAAAAAUGAGAGGUGUGAUAUUGAAGAGUUCUACUUUGAUGAUGAUCUGAGGAACAAAAAUAUUCAAGAGGAAAGUCACAUGAGAUUGCAGAAACCAUUCUUACCUGGCAAACUAAAGCAGUAUGACAAUAAUAUAAGAAGUUCUUUUCAUGACAUUCCCUCCAAUCUUAAUGAGCCAGAUCCUAUAGAGAGGAACAACAGAAAGAUGGAGCUCCCUGGUUCUUCACCUGGACCGUGUCCUAGAUAUGUACCAGCUACAUCAGUGUUACAGUAUGAGAAGAUCAAGAAUGAUUGUGAGAAAAGAGGGGCUUUCCAGAGCACAGUAAUGAUACAGAGCAGUUCCAGAGAUCCAGAUUCACAUGUAGUGACACAUACACUCACAGAUCUUGUCGAUGGAACCACAAGUACUCUGUAUGGGAAAACACUACAAGCUUCAAAAGUUGUAACAACACACUAUGCUCAAUAAUCAAAUCAUGCAAGCAGCCAUUACUAUUCUGGAUAUAUUAUUGUAUGGCAUAUGGUAAAAAUAUUUUUGUCUCUACUGCAGUUGAUUAAAAUGAAAUAAUUUGAUGGAGUUUUUUUUCUAACAGUAAUUUAUACAUGAACAAGCUUAAUCAGAUGUUAUUUGAUAUUUGUUAA